AUAUAUCGUAGACCACAAAUACCAGAAACGAUUAUCAAGCCUAUGCCAUUCCUUCUAAAUCAUCUACUUAGUAAGAAGUAUCGGACUAUCCACUCUAUUACUUCUUGGCAAAUAUGCUGGUUUUAUAUCUAUUUUAUCUUACAUGAACUUGAUUACUUUUUCUACAGCAAGCCGAUCCUCCUCCCUCCU